AUGAUGCAUGCGGUCCUUGAAGCCGCAAAGCGUGCGAAGGACCAUGUUCUCAACUUCAAGGGCUCGAUUAAGGGUCAUCGAGUGCUCAGCUGCAAGAGGGCGUGCGGCCAUUUGACACUGAUGGCUGACUAUUUUGCCCCCGAUGCACUCUUCGCUGACCAUUUUUGUCGGUGUUUUCUGAUGCGCAAGACUGUCUUCGAUCGUUUGUACCAUGGCAUCUGGUCCUAUGAUGACUACUUCAUCUUGAAGAAGGACUUCCUCGAAACGAUUGGGUUCUCUGGUUACAAGAAGUGCAUGGCCGCACUCCGGAUGCUUGCAUAUGGCACGCCCGCUGAUUCGUGCAACAAGUACCUACGGAUGUCUGAGGACACAUGCGGAAAUGCCAUGGUCAGGUUUGCAACUGCAGUGGUCGAGAUGUUCGGACCUCAGUACCUGAGAGAACAAACUGUGGCAGACACGGAGAGGCUCUUGGCAACCUUAGAAGUAAGAGGAUGGCCAGGUUUGCUUGGAUCUCUUGACUGCAUGCAGUGGAAAUGGAAUAACUGCCUGAAGACUUUACAUGGGCAAUACCAGGGUCAUGUUAAGAAGCCCACCAUAAUUUUUAAAGCAGUGGCAUCACAAGACCUUUGGAUUUGGCACGCUUUCUUUUGCAUGCCCGAGUCUCACAAUGACAUCAAUGUGCUGCAAGGAUCACCGUUGUUUGCGAGGCUGGUUGAAAAAAAAACACAUCCGUGCCACUAUAUUGUCAAUGAAAAUGGGUACAACAAGGGCUACUAUCUGGUUGACGGUAUGUAUCCUCCAUGGGCUACCUUUGUCCGCACCAUCUCCAACCCAGUUGGCCAGAAAAAGGCUCGCUUUGCCCCAAGACAAGGAGUUAGAAAGGAUGUCGAGAGGGUGUUUGGAAUUCUGCAUGACCAUUUUGCAGUUGUUCGUGGACCUGCUAAACAAUGA